GCGGGGGCCCGAUCAAGAGGACUCAGCCUUCUUCACUAGGUUCGAACUGCCGCGCCGCCACUGGGACGAUGGGUGCGAGGCUGCCGGCGACGGCGGCGCAUAUCGACGGCGAUUGGAAGCACUUGAUUUUGACGAGUCACAUUUUUCCGCUAACAAUGGGAGAAAAUUUUGACAUGCUGCAGCGGGUUGGGGUCGCGAUGGACGCCGCGUCGCUGAGGACGCCGACGACGACUACGAUGGUUGCGCUGCCUGGCCGGAGGAGCAAACCCUAUGCGAUUUCGGCAACGAGAACAACAGAGGCUAGAGGGAGAUCUUGCAGCGGCACGGGCAUAUGA